GUCUCUUCCAGAAGGCCAUCGCUCAGAGCGGGACGGCCAUCUCCAGUUGGUCAGUCAACUACCAACCCUUGAAGUACACGCGGUUGUUGGCGGCCAAGGUUGGUUGUGAACGAGCAGACACUGGAGCAGCGGUGGAAUGUCUCCGACGUCAACCCUUCCGCUCUUUGGUUGACCAAGAUGUCCAACCAGCUCGUUACCACGUUGCUUUUGGUCCAGUGGUGGACGGUGACGUUGUCCCAGAUGACCCUGAGAUCUUAAUGCAACAAGGUGAGUUCCUCAACUACGACAUCCUCAUCGGGGUCAACCAAGGAGAAGGUUUGAAGUUCGUGGAGGAUUCUUUGGAGAAUGAAGAUGGCAUCUCAGCUUCUUAUUUUGACUUCACCGUCUCCAACUUUGUGGACAACCUCUACGGUUACCCCGAGGGGAAGGACAUCUUGAGAGAGACCAUCAAGUUCAUGUACACGGACUGGGCAGACCGGGACAAUGGGGAGAUGAGAAGAAAGACCUUGUUGGCUCUCUUCACCGACCAUCAAUGGGUGGCUCCAGCGGUGGCCACGGCCAAACUUCACGCCGAGUAUCAAUCACCCGUUUACUUCUACACCUUCUACCACCACUGCCAGACGGACGCGCGGCCGGAGUGGGCGGACGCGGCUCAUGGAGAUGAGAUCCCCUACGUCUUUGGUGUCCCCAUGGUUGGAGCCACUGAUCUCUUCCCUUGUAACUUCUCCAAGAAUGAUGUCAUGCUCAGCGCCGUGGUCAUGACCUACUGGACCAACUUCGCCAAGACUGG